AUCUGCAGCUAUAUUUUCUGCAUAAAAAUAGAAAAGAGAAAUUUACUCAAAAACCGGUCUUAAAAUUUGACUAUCCAAAAUUUCUCCAAGAAAAGCACAAUCUUUUUGUCCGAGAGCUGCUUCUUUCUCUACUCUUUUUCAUAGCCCCAAGUUCUGCUCCUUUCUCACUUCUUCUCUUUGAUUUUGGUUUUUAUUUACUGCGUAUACAUAAGACAGGUACCGUUGCCUAUAAAAGGUGGAUCAAAAAGUGAAUUCUGGCUCUUUCGGUCGAAUGAGCAUGGAGAAAGCUUCUGCUGACUGUCCGUAUCCUGGAUGCUUCUUCUGUGUUAUGAAGGAAGCAAACCCAAGCAAGCGCCGAGCAAGUAUAUUGAAGUUCUUUCGAGAACUUCCCUCACAGGAUGAUGAUGGUCAAGUUCUUCCCAUUAGUGGCCUAUGGAAUACAGCCAUGGCGCAUCCUAAUGAUCCGGAGUUUAUUGAAUUGGGGAUAUUUGAAUGCAUGUCAGCACUUAUUUGGAAGGGUUUAAAGAACCGCCGCUGGCUUUCACAUGACCAAAAUAUAUAUAUACCUUAUUAUGCGGCACAUAUAAUUGGAUCGUACACCAUGAAUAUGGAAGAGUUUGCUGAAAGAGCUGUGCGUGCUGGAGUCAUCCCUCCUUUAGUUGAACUUUUGAGAGGUAGGCUAACUUGGGUGGAACAGAGAGUUGCAGUGAGAGCGUUAGGACAUUUAGCUACCUAUGCCAGCACCUUUCCAACUGUUGCAAGUCACGGUGAGAUUCUAGAGCUCUCCAUCCAACUCGCGAUGAGUUCACUUGAAAUUGUUUACUCCCAUUUUUACCAGUAUGUUGAUAGAAGACUUAGUUAUCAUUGUGACCUUCUUACGCGCGGCAUGGGUGGAGUUGAAAUGGAGUCCAGAAAAGCAGAAGAAUGGGCUAGUCAGCUACAGUGUUGGUCCCUUCAGCUUAUUAAUUGCUUUGCUUUCAAACCUGAAUUUCUUCCUACUAUAUGCAAGCCGGAAUUUCUAGCAAAGCUUCCAGGAAUGUGGGGUGGGCUUGUUAAUGAAAAUUCCCCUGCUGGAAUUGGUUUACUGAGGACAAUUUGUCAUCACAAACUUGGUCGAGGGCCUGUUGCUGCAUGUCCUGGUAUUAUAGAGGCAUUGUGCAAUAUAGCUCGCUCAUCAGAUGACUGGCAGUAUAUGGCAAUUGACUGUCUUUUGUGGUUGCUCCAGGAUCCAAGUACCUGUCAUAAGGUAAUGAUGUGCUUUAAAACUAUUCUGCUGAAGCUAAAAGCUGGAAUAUUUUAUUCGGUAUUGCCGUAUUGAUAUUAGGUUCAAUAGAAUCAGGUGGUGGAAUAGGGUACUAAUGUGGCAGGAAUAC